CCUCCCGGGUGUCAUGACCCAGCAGAUGCAGAACCUGCAGUUGUCCCAGACCAGGAAGUGCCCCGGUGGGCCGGCCUCCCCCAGCGCCGCCAAGCGCCUCUACCGGAACCUGUCGGAAAAGCUGCGAGGAAGCACCUCCUCCUUCGAAGAUGCCUACUUCUUCGGAAAGACGGACCGCCUCCGCAAAGCCUCGAGGAGUGCCUUGCUCGAGGACACUCAGCUGCUGAUGGACGGUGUCACUGGAGAGCAUUUGGAGCUCUUCAUCACCACGUCUGUCUGCUGUCAUCAUCACGUCCUUCCUGAGAAACAUUUGGUGGCUGACGAGUGUUACAGUAUUGGUAAUGUCCAUGUUGUAAGGCUCCAGGUCUCAGCGCAGCUCUCUCUCUCCGUUGUAGUUGUGAGUGUGGAGAGUCGGGAGGCCCACCUGAGCUCUCUGGUGGUGGAGGCCGAGCGGCGGGCGGCAGACAUGGCAGCUCAGGCGCAGAGAGACGGGCUCUCUCUGGAAGCCUGCCAUAAGGACAAACAGCUGAGAGCCUGGGAGUGGAGGAGCAAGCUGUACAAACGCAUGAAGACCGGCUUCCAGCACGCACGUGCCCCGGAGGCCCCGUCUAUGGUUCGUCUGAGCGUGAGCAGUAGCACAACGCUGACCGUCACCUUCCAGGAGCCGCAGUGUCUCAACUCCACCGUGGUGACCAAAUACAGAGUGGAGUGGAGCUGCCUGAAGGAUUUCUCACUGCUUGCUGGAGAGAUGGUGUUGGAUAAUCUUCAGACCCUCAAGUGCAUCAUCAGCAACCUCACCACGUUCAUGUGGCCAAAAGUAUUUGGACAGUCAGAACCAAACAGCUUCCGCUCUUCUGGCUUCAGUCCUUCCACCAUGAACCUGCUGCAGGGAUCUGAUCUCGUUCAGACUCCAGGGCGUCAGCCAGGUCCAGCAUUGGUGUUGGAGGACAGUUCACAGUACUGGAGGGAGAGCGACGGACGGGAGCCCCGGAGGCGAGGCCACAUCGAGGCCAUGGAGCGUCUGCUGCAGCAGGUCCGAGCGACUCACACACACUACUGCUGCGGAGACAGCUCAAAGCUCCAGAACCCGAGCAGGAAGCAGUCGGUCUCCAGGAGCCUGAAACACCUCUUCAACUCCUCCAACAAGUUUGUGAAAACACUGAAAAGGGGGAUCUACCUGGCGGCCGUAUUCUACCAUAAGGACAGUUUACUGGUGACAGCCGAGGACCAGAUCCCCAUCGUGGAGGUGGACGACUCCUACAGCAGCUCCCUCAUGCAGGACUUCCUCUGGUUCACCAAGUCCAGUAUGAGCUGGUGCCUCUGUUUCGCCGUGGCCACCUCGCUGUCGGUGAUGGCCUCCCGCAGUGCCUGCUGGGUAAUGAGGGCGUCCAGGUCGAGGACGGAGGACAGGCGGCAGUACAGACUGAUGAACUUCUCCUUGAAGGUUGUGUUCAGGGAGGAGUGGGACUGGAUCCAGACGCUGUCGGCUGCAGGAGAAAAGGAGCAGACCGGGGAGGAGAGCGAGGAGGCGGGGCCUAGGCCGGAGAGCCACGCCCCUUUACUGUACUACGAGCUGCAGACGGCGAUCAAGUCUCUGCUGAAACACAUCAACCUACCUCUGCCUCAGGCCCGUCACUUCCGCCUCUACAGUCAGGAGGUGGUGGAGCUCGGUCACGGCGUCUCCUUCCUGCUGCUGCUGCCGGCGGCCGACAACGUUUGCUCCGCCCCCGGACAGUCCAACCCCUACACUACCUUGUCAGGGUUCCUCCACCUCCCUCUGCAGAUGUUCGAGCUCGUCGACUUUCCACAACUGGACGAGGUUCGUCGUGAUCUUCGCUGGAUCACCGAUGCCCUGCAGUACGCUCGGUACAAGCAGCCUCGCGGCGGCGUACCGCUCACCUGCCUGGUGGAUGCCGACGCUCCAGAUAACGACUCCGGCCAGCAGAAGACAGACUCCACCUCCUCGACCAUGGACUAUCUGCCUACACCUUCCCCCUCACCCGAACUCUGCAGACGGAAAGUCAUGAGCGACUCUCUGCUCGGGUCCGAUGAAGACGGGUCCUCUGAGGUUUUUCUCCCGACUGACAGCGACUACGACUCCAGUGACGCACUGAGCCCCCGCGAGCUGGACCUGCUCUACUCUCCAGCCCAGGAUCUAUCCCAGCAGGCUGUGCACUCGCUGGGCGGCAGCGCCCCAGAUGUGCUCCAGAUCCACGAGCUCAGGUACAGCGUCUGCCCUCCCAAAGACCUCCCCCUCUCCUCGGGGGUGAAGGAUCCUCUCUCCUCACCCCUCCUCCCCCACUCCCCCUCUCUAUCCACAGACUUCCCUUUCUCCCCCUCCGGUCUGCCUCGCUCUCCCUCCCUCUCCAGGACCCUCCCCACCUCUCCAUCCGUCCCCCUGUCCCCCAGAUUCUCCAAGGACCUGCCUCUGUCCCUCCCCCUCUCCCCGGCGCUGUCCGACACCACCAAGACCUUUGAGGGCCUCUCCCUCUCCAAGGAGGGCGUCGCUCCCCUGAGGGCCCUCGCCAACCCUCCCGCCAAACGUAAACUUCUCUCCAGGAGCCACCGGGGCCAGUACUUCAGUGGGCCCCAGCGCUGGCUCCGGGGCCACAGCGGGGAGACUCACACAGGAUCUCUAUCUGAGGGCGUCUACACCAAGCAGCUCGACCUGGACCUGCCUCUGCCCGGGGACCCGCCCUCGCUGCUGGGCACCACCUACGUGAGCCACGCCUCCUGCGUCCUGGAGAGCCGGAAGGGCCGACACCGGGAGCCGCGGCCCCACGUCCGCAGGAUCUUUGUGGAGCCGUGUAAGGAGCUGUCACCGGGCCACGAGAGGAGUAGCUGGGAGGAGGAGGAGGAG